GGUGGAGUUUCCGAGGCAGGAAAUAUAACAAAGAAAAUUUUCAGCCAGUAAAGAGGUGGGGGUUGGGGGGGACACAUCAUGGAGUUCGAAGGGAAGAAAGGAAGAAAGGGCUUUGUGUCUCCUAUCCGCCGGCUGGUAUUCCCCAAGACCGGGCGGCGAUCAACUGGAAGAAGUCCUGUGAACCGACGGCCUCUCCAUUCUGUGCCCCUGUAUCCCCCAGACUACCUCAUUGACCCCCAGAUUCUGCUGUGUGACUACCUGGAAAAGGAAGUAAAGUUUCUAGGCCACUUGACGUGGGUCACCUCCUCCUUGAACCCCUCCAGCCGGGAUGAGCUCCUGCAGCUGCUGGACACCGCACGGCAGCUGAAAGAGCUGCCCCUGAAGAGCACCCCGGAGCAGGACAGCAUCCUCAGCUUGUCGGCGAGAUGCCUGCUCCUCACGUGGCGGGACAACGAGGAGCUGAUCCUACGCAUACCCACGCACGAGAUCGCGGCGGCUUCCUACCUGCAGGACGAUGCGCUGCAUCUUCUGGUGCUCAAGACUGGUCUGGGUGUGGAUCCAGUGCCCGCUGGUCUAGAUGUGUGCCCUGGGAGCAGGCGGGAGCCUGGGGUGGCUGGCAAGACCCCUGAGAAGAGGUCACCAGGCAGUGGUCCUGAACCUAGACCACCUUCAAGUGGUGUGGAGCGACGCCACACCAUCUGCAGCCUGGACUGGAGGAUGGCUUGGGGGGGUACCGAAGGCCGGACCACUGGUGGAGGUGGGGGCAGCUUGGAGAGAAAGCAAAGUGCUGGUGAGAAAAAAGCCGUGGGCCGGGCUUUUGGGAGCUGGGAGCGAAGACAGACAUUCAGUGGCAGCUGGGAGCGACGGCAGGGGGGCAAACCUGGGGGCAGUUGGGAGAGGAGACAAGGGAGCAAACCUGGAGGAAGCUGGGAGCUGCGGCACGGAGGCAAGCCUGGGGGUAGCUGGGAGCGUCGCCAGACCUUCAGUGGUGGCAGCUGGGAGCGUCGACAACCUGGUCUCAACCCCCUGGACCCUCAGGAUCCCAGCCCUGAUGCCUACUGCAAUCUCAUCAUCCUGGCAGUUGCCAAUAGGGAUGCAGCAGAAGAAUCCUGCGCUCUCAUCUGCCAGGUCUUCCAGAUCAUCUAUGGAGAUCAGACCAUCGAGUGUGUGGAUCGAGCUGGCUACCAUUACACCUCCACCCCCGAACGGCCCUGGCUUAUCAGCCGCAGUGAGAGCUGCCGCACAGAUGGAACCUAUGGCUAUGAUGCUGAUUUCAGUUGCUGCAGUUCUUUCAAUGGCUCCCACGACACCUUCGAAGCUUAUUAUAGUGGCACAUCCACACCCUCCUUCCAGGAAUCUCACUGCAGCGAGAGUGACGGCAGCAGCCUGGGCCUGGAGCAGCUGCAGGACUAUAUGGUGACGGUAAGGCCCAAGCAAGAUCAGGGCCACUUUCCCAAGCUCUGGAGAGUAUCCCAGCUCACUGCCCCCUUUCCUGAGCCUCUUUUUGCACCCCGUGGAAGCCUCUGCUCACUCACAGCACUUCUCCCCUGUAGCCCCCCUCCCUGCACCCAUUUGUGUCCCUGUCUACUUCAUCUAUCUCCCCCCUCCCAUUUACACAUACCCUUUGCCUCUUUCCCCCAUGUGCCCCAUGAAAGCUCCCACCCACUCCUUUCCUUCCCUGGAAGUCUACAUCUUCCCUAUUUCAUGGGACCCCUGCUCCCCUGCCAUCUCCGCUCCAGUGCCCAGCUCCCUCAGCUGCGAAACAAGCUGUCGCCCCCUGAGAUCCAGCAGUUCGCUCUGCUGCUCCGAGAAUACAGGCUGGGGCUGUCGGUGCAGGAGUACUGCGGGCACCUUCUCCGGCUCUAUGGGGACAAGAGGAAGUUCCUUCUCCUGGGGAUGCGGCCCUUUAUCCCGGACCAGGACAUCGGCUACUUCGAAGGCUUCUUGGAGGGCGUGGGCAUCCGCGAAGGCGGCAUCCUCACCGACAGCUUUGGCCGGAUCAAGCGAAGCAUGAGUUCCACGUCGGCCUCGGCCGUCCGCAGCUACGACAGCCGGGCCCCCCGCCCGGAGGCCGAGGCCUUCAAUCGCAUCCUCACCGGCAUCACCCAGGACAUCGAGGCCCUGGCCCAGGAGGGAGAGGGGGAGGGCAGCGGGGAGGAGGGCGGGAGAGCGGAGGAAGGAGAGGACAACUACCUGUGAGAGGCCCCUCCCCAAACACCGGCGGAGGCCCUGACGAAAGGGGGGGAUGCGGGACGUCCUGGGAGAUUUUCACUGGUGCCGGAUAAUGAAACACCAUUAGGUUGGAAGUUAGAGGCCCUUGAUUCGAAUUCGGACAAAUAACCUAACUUAACCCUCAUCUGCAAAAUGGGAGGAUUUGGACUAGAUCAGAGUGUUUUAGCCAGGGGUUAGUGGACAAAGUCCGUGAAUACAUUUCAGAAGGGUUCAUAUGGGAAAAGAAGCAGACAUAAAAUGGUCACGACUCUGUGACAGAUAGUCUCUAGGUCCUGUUGUGAUUUAUAUGCUCAGAAAAGGCAGAUACCCAAUUUAAAAGCAUUUAAAAUGUUCCCAGCCUUGAAGUGGGGGCUGGGUGAGAGAGUUUGGGGAGGGAAUGGGGACUUCAAUAACAGAGACAGCCCUGGGAACUCCCAAAGCCAGCCCUAACAAGGGCGCCAGGACCCCUUGCCUUAGGGCGGGAAGCUCUCGCCACCCGCCAGCCCUUUGCCUUUAGGACUACAGUGCCUCUGCAGUUCCGGGUUUUGCCGGCAGGGGGACUGUGAGUCCGGUUCUUAGUCACUCAUGGUUUAACAACUAUCUCACCACAUUCUCAGCAGCCCAGUCUGAUAUUGUCCCUUUGGUGGGGGAAGGGAGAAAGGAGAAGGGGCUCCUGGAAAAAACUCUCUUAGUUCCCAACUUGCAUCAGCUUUGAUACUCCAAGAGGGCAAACUGGACACGAAUGACAUGGGAGUUACAUAGGGAACAUUCAUUACGCCUUGAACAUACCCUUGAGUCUGAAUAGGACUCAGGUGAUCCUCUCUCUCUCCUAAUAGGAAGUUGAACUAUGGGGAAAAUCUACAGGACUUUAAAGGAGACAUUAUCUCAUUAGAGCAGGUUUCUUUCCUGAUGUAGCCACCGGCUCUUUCAGACUUUUGGAUCUGGGUUCAAGAGUUGCUGUAGUCAAAAAAACAAACAAACCAAAAACAACAACAACAACAACAACAACAAAAAAAAAAAAACCCAUCCUGUGGUGGCCAGGUGUCAGAUAAUGAGUUUGGCAAGGCUUAACAACAAAUGCAUCUUGGGGCCCCAGAAUCCUUCCAGUUUCCUGGCAUUCUUCAUCAUUCUUUCUUUUGAGGAGGGGUGUGGAGAAAACUGGGUCUUCUUUUCUCACCCAGGCUGGGAAUAUCAGAGCUUAUAUUCUUGGUUCUCAGGGUCUCCUUGAGGCUACAAGAAGGAAGUAAAGGAGGAAAUUCAUAGAUGAUGGGGAAUAACCUGGUUUUAAUAAAAACUAAAAGACUUUUGUACUCA